AUGGAUUCUUUGACGAUUUCUCUAUUUGGGAAAACUUGUGGUAUUGGAAUUUAUCCUACUAGCGGGUUCUAUUGUGUGGAAUCGCAAAGUAGUGUUGGAAGUCCUUUUGGGAAUGCCUAUAUGCUUAUAACCAUUGGUUACGCGAUUUCUCUAGUGAUGGUUAUUCCUUUAGGAAUAUUGGAAUUGGUUGAUAAUAUUGGAGUGCAAAUUGCUUCCUUCAUCACCUUAUUAUUUAUCAUUAUUAUUUGGAUUAUCACCUUCAUUAUUCAUGGUCUUUCUAGUGAUCUUGUUCCUUUUGUUGGGAACGAUCAAAGUCAAGUGAUAGGGACUGUCUUAUAUAAUUACGCAUUCAUAACCACUGUACCGACUUGGAUUCAUGAAACAGGUCGGAAUGUUCCAAUCAGAAAAGUAAUAUGGAUAUCUAUACUUAUAUCCACUAUUAUGUACGUUUCACUUGGAGUCUUGGGAGGAAUGGCUUAUGUGAUGGAUUCGAAGUCAAACAUUGUUGCGGUUAUUGAUCAAUCUAAUCAACGAACUGUGGUUAGCCUUAUAACAACCUACUUAUUCCCUGUAGCCGCUUUAGUGACAAGUAUUCCAGUAUUUACAAUAGUAGUGCGCCUUAAUUUGAUGAAUAAUAAUAAUUUCAGUAAAAGAAAUGCUAUCUUAUUGUCAAGCUUUGUGCCUUGGGUUAUUAUUCUUCCAUUUCAAACUGGAGUUUGGCUCAACGCAUUUAUGAAUUGGUCAAGUUUAAUAUUCUCGACUAUUAGUAAUUUCGUCCUUCCAUUUUAUUUGUAUUAUUUAAAUCAUAAACAAGGUAGUAUAAAAGAUGAUAAGCCUGUAACUGAUGAUGAUCUUUCGGUUAAAAUCAUAACUCAUGAAGAUAAAAAUAAUAAUUUAUCAUUUCCAAUUGUCAUCUACUCAUCAACACCUGAUAUUUCACCCAAAACUCUAUCAGUAUCUGAUGAAAAUGAUUCCAAUGAUAAAGACUAUCUUACUCCAAAUAUACGUACCUCAGAUAGUUUAAGGCGUAGACGAUCUCGUUCACCAAGUAAAUCUCGUAGUCGUUCACGAAGUAGUUCAAAAAUUAGCCUAGAAAUAUACAAUGCUAAUUCUCAUAAUAGCUCAAAAAUUGAAGUGGAAGGAAGUUUUAACUUAGUUGUAGUUAAUGAAAAUGCUUUAUGUGAUAGCCCAACUUUGAAGACUUCUCAACCAACAAAUAUCAUUAGUGAUGAAAAGCACAAAACUGAUAUAAUUGAUAAUUUAUCAGUUAAAAUUUCUAGUACGAAAUCUGAUGAAAUUGAUAAUUCAAAAUUUAUUGCUUUUCCAGGAUUAAAACCCAUAUAUGGAAUUUGGAUUGCUGCUUUUUGUGGAAUAGCUGCUAUUUUAUUAGCUUCUACAAUGAUUUUUUAUGACUUUGUUGAAUUAGGAAUGGGAAAUAAUGUAUUUGGUUGA